ACACUGAUUGUUUUUAGGCCUACGCCAUAUGCUGAACGAAUUUAAGACAAUAAAUAAUAGUUUUUCCAAGGAAAGGAGCUAGGCGCUGGUUUAUAAUAUCAUACGUGUGUAAUGAUAAGUUCAUGUUCAUGUUUGUUUCAAAGCAGAGGAAACAUAUGCACACUCGCUUCCUGUAAAAUCUCAUCCGGUUGCUCGACCAUCACCACGGUCUCUCCUGUGCAACAACUACCAACUCCAGCCAACUAGCAAACUCAUCAUCAGCUAGUAUCUAUACAGGCGAAUGACCUUGUGCUCGUUAACGAAAACAUACAAGGGAAGUACAUGUUCGAACCACACCUCCUUUCUAUCUACUGCACCUGAAGGUUAGAUAGUGUUAGACCACGACCAGGAAACAGCUUUCUCUGAGGUUUUAUGCGCCUGGGUAUGUAAUACAAGUUUCGUAACUUACGUCCAACACUGAGAGAGAGUGUUUUUGGUGCGUCACUGGCUAUCUUCUUGUGGGUCUUCAACGCACGAGGAGCCUGCAGUCAUACGUCGUGGUGACAGGGUCCGUGGUUCUCGGUGUUAAAGUCUGAACAUGUCGCAGUUCCUUGCAUUCGUGUAUGGGAUUGUACUCACCAUUGGGAAUGCUGGUCUAGCGCAGGACACAGCAGUAACAGACAGUUCGGGUGUCCAGGAAGAACUGUCGCCUCGUCUCGUCUGGACUGAGCUUCGUAUUGUGGACCGAAGGGCGCAGAUUCAAAGCCUACCCGCCGACCCAGCUGAAUACAUCACUAGCAAUGUAAUCUCUUCAAAAUAUUACUACGAACUGACGCCUGCGCACUGGAUCGCAAUUGCCAGCGACUAUGACGAUGGCGUUGCGUUCUGGAGUGACGCAAACCACAAGAGAAUAAUGAAGGGUGGACUGCAUGAGGGCGCUACAGCUUCACCGGUCUUCGAUGGUACAUCUUCAACUGUGGACGGCAUCGCCGUUGAUUGGCUGGCGAACAAUGUCUACUGGGCGGACGCGGCCUAUAAUUGGAUAAUAGUUGCGGAUUAUGACAUCACCAGGUUCAAGAUUGUCAUCGACGAUGGCCUCGACAAGCCCCGAGGAAUAGCAGUUUAUCCACAACUAGGGUACCUGUUCUGGACGGACUGGGGAACGAAACAGACAAUAGAACGAGCUACGCUAGCAGGAGAAAAUCGGACAGUUCUAGUCGAUGAUAAUAUCUACUUCCCAAAUGGAAUCACCAUCGAUUAUACAACUGACAAAAUCUAUUGGACGGAUGCCGACCCUGGCGGGAGUAGGGUGGAGGUUUGUUCCCUCGACGGGACGAAUCGUCGGACUGUGUAUUCCCACCCUGCAGACAAAGGACACUUCUUUGAUGUUGCUGUCUUUCAGAACUACAUUUUCGUCACCGACUGGUACAACGGCAUUCGUUGCAUCUAUAAAGACAGUGGAGAGCACUAUUUUGCGCUGAACGUUGGCGGACGACCGUUUGGGUUGACUCUCCAUGGCGAGGGCAUUCUACCUGGAGAUUCCUCUCCCUGUGAUGCCAAACCCUGCGAUCAUCUUUGCAUCAGUGAUCCCGGUGGCUAUAAGUGCCUGUGCCAAGAUGGAUUCGAUCUUCAAGACAAUCAUACAUGCUUCCGAAGGGCAACCUACCUUGCAAAGCCACAGAUUAUCCUGGCCGCUCAGAACAGCAUCUGCUACUUUCCGAGCAACUUCCCGGACAUCACCAUCCCGAGCGACUACCAGCGCAACUGUAUCCUGGCCAAUCGUAGCCAUGUGGUGGCGCUUGACGUCGACGUCAGGAGCAAGACGAUGUUCUUCUCCGACUUUGUGCAUAAGACGAUUCAGAGCGUUCGUCUAUCGGAUGGAGCUGUUGUGAAACCAGUUGUCGGUGGGGUUGGCAGUGUUGAAGGGAUCGCCAUAGAUUGGCUCGCCCAGAAUCUUUACUGGACAGAUUUCCAGCUGAACCACAUCGGGAUCUCACGUUACGACGGCAGCAACCGACGAAUCCUCCUGGAAGAUGACGUUCUUAGUCCAAGAAGUAUCGUCAUUCAUGCAGGCAUGAGGAUCAUGUUUUGGACGGAGUUUGGAACAGCCAAUCACAUUGAACGGGCGAGUCUAGAUGGAAACAAUCGCACCAUUAUACUCAACAGCGUUGGUGGACUGAAUGGAUUGGCCAUUGACUUUGAAGACAACAGGCUCUACUACGCUGAUCGUGGGAGUGGUUCCAUUCAACACAUAGACUUCAACGGACUUGGAAGGACGCUGUUGUACACAAGAACCGGGGCGGAGUUCUUUGACAUUGACAUUCAUAAGGAUUACUUGCUCUGGACGGAGUGGAACACCUUCAACGGCCUGCAUGCCAUCAACCGGGAGAACAGACGAGUCAUUCAGAGCUUCAGCAUCAAGAACGAGUCUACAUAUGGCAUAAGAAUCUACUCCGACGACAGACAACCCGAUUAUGAAAAUGUCUGCAUCGACAAUGGUGGUUGCCAGCACCUCUGCCUGCCCGUAGAAGCGGGUGGUAUGCGCUGUGAGUGCAGCACGGGGUACCAGCUACACAGCGAUGGCCAAACAUGUAUUGCAGAUAUCCUCUAUGAUGACUUCCUGCUAGCGUCGGACACAUACCUUCACAACAUCUUUCAGAUCAAUCUAACGGAUCCGGAUUUUGGGUACGCCGCUCUUCAGCUAGAUACUCGAAUGGUGGAUAACCCAGUUGCUCUAGCUUACGACCCCAUGAGGGCACAGGUGUACUGGUCUGAUGUUAUACAGAAGACGAUUCGUCGAGCCUUCAUCUUCAAUGGAACCCAAGACAUUCUCUUCACCAAUCAGUAUAUUGAAACAUCAGACGGACUAACAAUCGACCCCACCUCACGUCUUCUCUUUUGGACCGAUGUCGGUCUACCCAGUGUUCAAGUGUCCCAUCUAGACGGCACCAAUCGCAAGAGUAUCGUUCUAACGGACAUCGAGAAACCACGGGCAAUCGUGGCCGAUCCUGGACAAGGGCUGAUAUAUUGGUCCGACUGGGGAGCACUACCCAAGAUCGAGAGAGCCUACAUGGAUGGUACCAACCGGUCGGUUCUGGUUAAUACCGGUUUGGGCUGGCCAAACGGGUUAGCUCUGGAUUACAAAGAAAACAAGUUGUACUGGUGCGAUGCGAGUAGCCACCUCAUCGAGGUGCUAGACUUGAACACAAUGCAGCGAGACGUCCUGCUAGACCUCGGCGAGGGGUCUCACCCCUUCAGCAUCGUCACCCACGGUCCCUACAUCUACUGGUCCGACUGGCGGCAAAAGACACUCAUGAGAGCGGAUAAGGACACCGGGGCCAAUAACGGGUCGGUCGGACCGGCGGCUUUUGCACGUUUGAACGGGUUGUACGCGUACAGCACCCGGGAUCAUGCACCAUUUUCCAACGCUUGUGUGAGUGAUUUAGAGAAUGGUGGUUGUUCGACCCUGUGUCUGCCUACCCCAGAUGGGAGGGUGUGUGCUUGCCGAGAUGGAUCAACACUCGACCAAGAUGGAACAUCCUGUUCUGGAACAAUUCAGUGCACACACGUUUUGAACCAUGGAGUCCUACAGUCGGAUUGCCACCGCGUCCCCGGUUCCACGUGCAAUGUAGAAUGUCAGAGCGGGUACCAGCCGAGUGUCGGUCGCAUCCGAUGUGGACAUGAUGGAGUCUGGAAUGUUGAAACGGACACUGUCUGUGAAUUGGUGAAAUGCCCACAGCUUUCAACUCCAAGCCAUGCCAGUGUUGUAGCUUGUCUUGGUCCCCACGUCUACGGUAACCAGUGUAGAUUCCGUUGUCAAACUGGCUACAUGCAGGUAGAUGGAGAGGAGGAAGUUUUAUGCAUGGAUGAUGGGCAGUGGUCUAGCAACCUUCUCACGUGCCAAGUGGUAACUUGCCCUCCACUUCCUGCCCAUCCCACUGGUGUCUACUCGCCGCCCGAGUGCUCCACAACACCUUCCCAUUACAACACCACCUGUAACGUAAUGUGCUCCGAGGGGUACCGGCUACUGGGUGUGGCAUCUCGAAUGUGCCAAGCCGACGCCCAGUGGACCGAUAGUGAGCGAGCAUCUACGUGCUUAGACGUGACAGCUCCGGUUUUCGGCGAUUCCUGCCCCUCGGACAUUACCGUCACAGCAGAGAGUGGUCAGAUCGCGGCCAACGUAACGUGGCCGGAGCCGCAAGCUACGGACAACUCUGGGGAAGAGCCUACGAUAACCUCAAGUGUGGAUUCCCCGUUGCUUCUUGGUGAGCAGAGCAGAAUGGUGAUGUACUACGCACGGGACAGCGAAGGGAACGCGGGUGUGUGUACGUUCAUCGUCACAGUGACUGUUCGUUACUGUGACAUGCUCGGUCUUCCAUUCAACGGUUACUUUGAGCAUUGCACGCACCAUCUUGGCUCCAUCUGCGCCAUUCGUUGUAACGAGGGAUUCGCCGUCGGGGGCUCUCAACAACGUCAUUGUGAACUUGACACGAACGGUAAACCAGGUUGGUCCGGACAACCUGCACACUGUCAGUUAAUUGAAUGCGAUGAGCCAUCAACCGAGCCCAAUGUGUUUAAAGCGGGGUGCCGACCACCAUACUACUUCAGGGCUGCGUGUAGCUACUCAUGCGCUCCUGGGUACGAGAGGUUGCAAGGCGCUGAAUACCGGACUUGUCAGGACGAUAACACAUGGUCGGGGUUAGCGUUGGAAUGCAAGAAGAGAACUUGCCCACCGUUCGUGUUGAAUGAACACGCAAAGAUCAGCCCUCUAGCCUGUCUAGAUGGUCAGAGCUUCUACCAGGACCAGUGUACAUUGUCUUGUGAUGACGGGUACCGGUUGGUUGGUAACACUACUCACACGUGUCUGGAAACUGGCCUUUGGAGCGACGCACACGACGAGCAUUUCUGUGAGGACAUUGCUGCUCCUCAUUUCAAUGGGACUUGCCCUGAAACUUUUAGCGUCACCGCUCCGCGAGGUGAGACCACCGCCGUUGUAACUUGGACGCUCCCCAUUGUCAUUGACAACGAGGGAAACGAAUUGAUUGUCAACUCGUCACGGCAUUCAGGGGCAUCCUUCCACGAGGGCAUGUUCGCUGUACUGAUUCAGGCAACCGACCAGGCUGGGAACCAGGGAACGUGUCGAUUCUUUUUCGUUGUGCAAGUUGCCCGCUGUCUUCCUCAUUCCUUCCCUCACUUUGGGGACUUCCGAGGAGAGGUUUGCGAGAACUUCUUCGGUGCGCAGUGUACCUUCAGCUGCCUCGAGGGAUAUAAGCUGACGGGGUCAAGUGUUCGGACUUGCGAGUGGAGUGGUCAGAUGAACGAAUCGACACACUGGACCGGAGAGGAGCCUGUAUGUGAAGUUGUGAUGUGUCCGAUGUUCGACUACCCUGAAGGCACUUCAAUAAGCGGUUGCGAUGCCAAGACUACGUCUCUUCCUUAUGGCUCGACGUGUUACACGAUGUGCAGAGUCGGAAAACGCCCGGCACCGGGAGGGAAUAACGGAGUGAGAAUGUGUCAAGAAAACGGCACUUGGUCAGGAGAAAAUGUUAUUUGUCAAAAUGUUACCUGCAAUGUGUUACCCCCUCCAAGAUAUGGUUUGAUCCAUUGCGACCCAGAUCUGCCACAGUUCCUGACGGUGUGUCGAUACCAAUGUCUAGAAGGAUUUUCACUCCGGGGUUCAACCAGUACGACGUGCCUGCCUUCUGGACACUGGUCCAGGGCCGACCCACCGAUCUGCCAAGAUAUUCUAGCGCCGCAAUUCCUUCCGGAGUGCCCUCAGAUCUUCAUGACCAUCAUCCCACAGCCAUGCGCCAACGGCUCUAUCGUCAGCUACGAGUUGCCGACAGCUCUAGAUAACUCGGGGGAAGUUAAUGUCACGGGAGGGGAAGACGAUGUUGCAGGGAGCUGGUGGCCCGUCGGGGUCUAUGAGCGUUCCUUCACAGCGCGAGACCCGUCCGGGAACACGGCAGAGUGUUUACUUACUAUCACUAUCUUGAGUAUUGAGUGUCAGCAGAUCCCAGAAAUCCAACAAGCGUCUGUGGUUUCACAGACAUGCGGGAACCAGGGAGGUUCAGUGGCGGAGUUUGCAUGUGAAGACGGUACCCAGCUCAUUGGUGCACGGUAUCUGACAUGCAGACAUGAUGGGCAGUGGAACGAAAGUCUCCCACUAUGCUCAGCGGUGUACUGCAGCCCUCUAUCUGCCCCUCCGUUCGGAACCCUGAACCCCCCUGCAUGCACUAGUGGAGCAGUCAAUUACUUGACGAGGUGUGAGAUUGAGUGCAACGCUGGAUUCGGCCUUAGGAGACAAGGGUCAUCGACCUGCCAACAAAACGGCCAAUGGAGCGAUGAUUUAACAGAGAGCAGCUGCAUGGACUUCACCCCUCCAGUCAUCUCAGGUUGUCCAGAGUCUCAGAAUCACAUUCUACCGAUCGGUGCGCAGACCAUCCAAGUCUUCUUGGCAACACCGAACGCCACGGAUAACUCAGGCAUUGAUCCGGUUAUCGAGACCCCAUCUGCAGGUGAUUUGAAUCUUGGCCCUGGCACUCACUUUUUCAUCACCACUGCCACGGACGAGUCUGGAAAUGUGGCCCACUGUACUCUACAAAUCUCUGUGAGAGAUCUUGAGCCGCCGACCAUUCUAUCCUGUCCGAAUAUUACAACACUCCGCACCUCUGCCCUCCCUGUCUACCCAGUGUGGGAGGAGCCUAUGGUCAAUGACAACAUAGGUAUAAAAGAUAUCUACGUUGAUAGGGUCAGCGGCGCUCCGGUGUAUGAGUGGGGACUCUUCAUCGUUCAGUAUACAUUCAGGGAUAGGUCAGACAAUACAGCAUCGUGCAGGGUCGAGAUUGAAAUUGUGGAUGAAACACCCUGCCAGCCGCUACAAGCUCCUCCAAAUGGAGCUCUUGCCUGUGAGGGGAACAGUUACUGUACGGUACACUGCAAUGACGGUUACCUGUUUCUGACCAAACCUCCGACUACCCUAGUUUGUCUGGACUCUGGACUCUGGAGCAACACUCUGGUUGAGGAGCAUAUUUCUCCGUAUCUCCCGGCCUGCACAAAGAGAGAGCAAGGGUCACGUAUACGGUGGGAGAGAUUGGAUACAUACCUCUUCAGUCUCCACGGUAUUUCUGGUAGCUGUGAUGAGCAGACGGACGACAUACGAGCUAAAUUUGUGGCUCUUUUUAGCCGCCGUGUUUUUCCGCUUUGCCUGAUGGAUCCAGACACUGUGUGUAAGAUGGAGAACAUUGUUGUCAGUUGUGGAGUCACCACGGAGGACUCUGGUAGUCGUCGACGGCGGCGGCAAACACGCGAGGAAGAACUCGACGUCAACGUGGCAAUAUCUCCAAGACUUGUCAUCGAGGGAAAUAGCACAUUGGACGUGAACUCUACUCCACUCUUCCUAAACACGUCUGCGCGUGACAUGUUUGGUGACGAGACUGCGACCUUUAACCUGGAUAGAGGCGGGCAAGCUGUGUUCUCCAGAGAGCAGUCAGACACCGGGAUGAUUGAGGUCUUCUGUGGUGAUGGGAUGGUGGUAUCCGGCUCGCGGUGUGUGAAAUGUCCGAAGGGGACACGUUAUAAGCUGUCGCUAAGGAAGUGUGAGCCGUGCGGAAUAGCUACGUACCAGGACCAAGAAGGACAGUUAACGUGCAAAGUCUGUCAAUCAGGGAGGACGACGAUCGGAACAGGAGCGUUUGACCCAACCCACUGCCAAAAGAUGUGUCCCCCAGGUCACAUUUCCUUCUGGGGUGUGGACCCGUGCCAGCCUUGUCCAAUAGCCUCAUACCAGAGGAGGUCCGGUCAGAUUGGCUGUGAGGCCUGUCCUGAUGGUAUGAGGACUCGAAUCACGGGGGCUACUUCGAUUUCUCUCUGCACUAGUAACUUCCAAACUCCCGCAAUCCCUGAAAAAAGAGAUACAACAACUGUUCCACAAACGACUCCUACUGUUGUCCAGACCACUCUGAGUGGCACCACAGGAAAAGUGGACAUUGGUGUCAUCACUAAGAACCCAAAUGAUGGUGGGAAGGAUGACAAUGGCACCCAGGCUCAGUCGUCAUUUCCAGUCGCAAUGGUAGUGGCUGCUGUGGUCAUCGCGUUGGCUGUUCUUGUUUUCCUUGUAGUUGGAGUUGGGUGUGUGGUUCAGAGGUAUGGUAGUUAA